AUGCCCCUCGGCAUCCAGCGCAUCAACGCCAAAAAAUCGCAUCCCAAUGACCGAAUAAUAUUCAUCAAGCCCCUCAAAGGGCCAGACGAAGCCAUAGCGCAAGACUUUCUCGAAAGAAUCGCAGCGCAAUGUCAGUACGAACCCAACCGCGAAUUCGUCGGCCGCAACUUCAACGCCGGCGAAGUCAUCCAGCUGGUCCUCAAAUCCCUUUCGGGCCACUGGCUGCCCUUCAACUACGUGCAAAUGGUCAUGAUGCACGAGCUCGCCCACUGCAAGCAGAUGAACCACUCGCGCGCCUUCUGGGCCGUGCGCAACGCCUACGCCGACGAGAUGCGCCUGCUUUGGGGUAGGGGGUACACGGGUGAGGGGCUAUGGGGUCGGGGAGCGUUGUUGGCGACGGGCGAGUGGGAGAGGAAUACGGUGCAGCCUGGCGAGGGGCUGCCGGAGCAUUUGUGUGGUGGGACGUAUAGGAGUCGAGGGAGGAAGAGGAAGGCCAAGGCCCCAAAACCGAAGUUGAGUUACAAGGAGCAGAAGGAACGGAGGAUCUUGAAGAAGUUUGGGGCGAAUGGGGUCAAGUUGGGGGAGGAUGAGAAGGUUAAGAAGGAGUUGGAGGGCGGGAAGAAGGUGGCGGCGAAGCCGAGGGUGGCGGGCAGUGCGAGGGGGAGGGAGUUGAGGGCUGCGGCGGCGCUGGCGAGGUUUGAGGGGCUUAAGAAGGAGAAGGAGGAAGAGGAGAAGGUCAAGAAGGAGGAGGUUGAUGAGGAUGAGACGGCCAGUGGGACGGAGAGUGAUGAGUAUGAAGAUGAUGACGAGCAGGAUGGUGUGGCUGCUGUGGAUAUCAACGGGAAGAAGUUGCUGGAUGGUAAGGGGAGGGGAAUGAUCAAAGUUUGUGAGGAUGAGAAUCCUGAGGAUCAGGAUGCGCAGAGGGAGUUGAGGGAGUUGAUGGGUUUCAAUGACGGCGCAAGGAAUUCAACACCUCGGCUGCCAGUUGUUAAGGCCGAACCGUCGUCAACGGAUACCAGGAUACCGGAAAGUAUCAUCCAAGCUCCAGAUACAUCGCAAAGGAACCGCCAAACAAAUUUGGAGGACGACCCGAGACAGAAGGCUGCACAAGUCAGAUCCAGCGUCCGAAGUACGAACAACACUCAUACUUCUGCGACAACAAGAGAGAUGUCCCCAGGGGUGAAACCUGAGCCGAAAAGCCCACUCCAAAGGAAAGAAAACACACCCUUCUCGGCAUUAUCCAAUUCUACCACCGAAGCCGAACCAAAACCUCCAUCCUCGAGAACCUGUCCAAUCUGCUCUUUCGCCAAUGAGCCUACCUGCAUAACCUGCACGAUCUGUGCCAACGUCCUUGAUCCGAAGAACGUGGUAGGCUCCUGGGCAUGUACCAGUCAGACAUGUCAGGGGAGUCAGUAUCGGAAUGCCGGGGACUGUGGUGUGUGCGGUGUUUGUGGGGAGCGGAAGCGAGGAAGUGUCGGGUGA